AUGGCGGCGGAUCUUGGCGGCGUGGCGCUGUGGAGAUUCGGAGUCCGAUGCGCGGAGAUGAACUCGCGCAGGGAGGUGGCGCUGUCUGGUGUCGUGGUGGCGUCGACGACAGUUAGACCGGACAAGGUUGAUGCAACAGUACGUGCCGCCGAGCAGGACGCCGUCUCGCUGGUGCGCCGCGUCGCCCGGGCCCUCAACCGCCGGAUCUCCGACCUCGUCGCCCUCCUCUUCCGCCACAAGAGCGCGGGGUCCUUCGGCGCCGUCGCGGGCUUCGCCAUCGCCGUCGUCUUCGCAUGGAAGUUCCUGCGCUCCUCCUCGACGCCCCGGCCCCGCCGGCCCGCCGCCCCCAAGCGGCCCUCGCCCGCCGCGCCUGCCCCCGACGACCCGGCCGAGCCCGCCGGCGACUCCGGGACGGCGGCUGACGACGUGGCAGAUCGUGGCCGGGAGGAGGAUGAGGUGUUGCAAUCUGCACUAGAGCUUGUGCAGCUUACAGAGUUGACAGGGACAGGUGAUUAG